GUUUUGUUAUCUAUAUACGAUUGGCGAUGGAGACUCGAGUCGACAUCAGUGACAGACGACAGUGAAGUUGAAAUGGUUGAACUUGCGACUGUGACUGUGAGCCGUGAUAUGUAAAAAUAUUUUCAUUACAUGUUGGUGAUUGUAUUUCUACGCUAAUGAAGAAGUGCAAAUAGAUUGGUGGGCACAAAUCCUACUUUUAAAGACUGUGUCUCAAAAUACUGUGUCAACCGUGAAAACUACUUACAUUUUAGCAUGUAAAAUCAAAAUGUCGCAACAAAAAAUAUGUUUACUGUACAACAGCUCCCCGGACAGCUUGGUCAACUUAUGCUUGCACUACAUCAUAACUAAUUUAGAGAGAUACACGGAACCGGACAUAAGAAAGGAUUGUUGGCGCUUGAAAGAUGAUAUAAUAUUUCCAGCGGAGCUAUGUGAAAGAUUCCUUGAGGUGUACCAAAGACAUAACGCCGUCAACGAUCACAUCGCCAGCUUGUUUCGCGACCGAUCGUGCACACGUUUGGAGGAGGUGCGUCUCCACAAUUCGAGAAUCACUGUGGACGGUAUACGUUAUCUGCUGGAGCACAAGCCACAAAGGAUUGAACUGGUGAAAUGUGAGUACUUAUCUCAGUCUUGGGUGGACUUGAUUAGCAGCAAUAGCGAGAAUCUGGUAUCCCUCAAGUUUGGGCCCCUCAAAUAUCUCGUUUCCGAAACUACGUCACUAUUUCAUCAGCGCUGCUUAACGAUAAACGCGCCGAAGUUGCAGCGGCUCACCAUCCAGUGCCGGGGAACUGGGAUAUCGCCCAUACUCACGAGGCCACUGUGGCACCUCACGCAUCUAGAUUUGUCAGAUUACACUGCAGCUGGUACUGCGUGGCCCAUAAAUGAAUUGAAAAAAUUACGAUCGCUUGUGCUCCACAAUGUUGUGUGGUCAAUGAAAGUAGUGGAGUGGAUAUCCGGUCUACAUUUGCUGCAACACCUUGAUAUCUCACAGGCCAAUGAAAGACUCGGAAAGUAUGGUAAUCCAAAUCAAGUACUGACAAGGUUAAUCACAAAUUUGACAGAAUUAGAGUCAUUGGAUAUAUCUGGCACUAACUUAGCUGGCACUGGCUCUGUUGUGGUUGGCCUCAGUGAAGGAUCUUCAUCUGAUCAACCUGAUGCUUUCAAUGUCCGUUGUGACAUACCAGGAUUAUCAAGCCGAGUGAACAGACCUCUAGAAUUCCUGGGCUUAUAUGGAACCCACCACGGUGCUUGCAAAAGGCAUGACAUCCCAGCCAAAUUGAUCACUGGAGAUGCAAAUGAGGAACAAAUCCUCCAAGCAGGACUUACGUACAUGGAGAGGCCUGCAAUGCUGACACGUGUCCUCAAUGAUCUAUACUAUAUGUUCCGCAGUAUAGAAAAGUAUCACAAUUAUGUUGAUCGCACUUUGUAUGUUGUGCUUAAUGCAAUGGAGCAACAUGUGUCUGAGAAGCACAUCCAAAUAUCUGGCAGUGCCAUCCUGUUCUACAUUGUAAAAGGUAAAGAGAAGACGCGCAUCGGAGUGAAGUUGAAGAAGCGAAUUAUAACUGCCCUGCUGAAUGGAAUGGAAGCUCAUCUCGGAGACGACACCUUGAUGCGGAAUGGCUGUUUGACUCUUUGCCAGUUCAAGAUACCUGUAGAUGUGUUGUUCGAAUACGAACGCGUCGUGCAGAUAUUGCUCAACGGUUUGGCUGAUGUGAACCAGGAGGGGUUCGUGCAGCGUAUCGCCAUCUAUCUCCUGAACUCUUUGGCGUGCCAGGUCGAUGGAAAUCAGAAGAGAUUCCUCGGAAACCACGGGGCUAUUGGGAAAAUGCUGAACCUGAUCUCGGACCGACUCGACAGGCACAUUUGCGACGACGUGCUGGAAGUGGCCUGGUCCACAAUGUGGAACGUCACUGAUGAAACGCCACAGAACUGCCAACGCUUCCUGGAGAACCGUGGCAUGGAAUUCUUUUUGGAAUGCCUCAAGAACUUCCCGGAUAAAGAGGAACUACUUCGCAACAUGAUGGGCCUCCUUGGUAAUGUGGCCGAGGUACAAGAACUCCGUCCUCAGCUCAUGAACAAAUUGUUCCUCACUGUUUUCUACGAGCUCCUCGACUCAUCCAGCGACGGCAUAGAGGUGAGCUACAACGCGGCGGGUGUCCUGGCGCACAUGUUGUCGGACGGGCCGGACGCGUGGACGGUGGACGAACCGACUAGGGACGCAGUCCUGGCGCGCCUCGCCGCCGCGGUAGAGAGAUGGGAUCGCAGCGCCGAGCGCAACAUCAACUACCGCUCCUUCGAGCCGAUACUGACGCUUCUACACGUGUAUCACACGCCGCAGUGCCAGCACUGGGCCGUGUGGGCGCUGGCCAACCUCACCACCGUCUACCCCGAAAAAUACUGCUGCUUGAUCGAGGCCGAGGAUGGCUUAAAAUUACUGCAUGACGUGCUGCGUCACCCCGCACCCUACGCCAUGAUCAAAGACUUGGCGUGGGUGGUGAUCAACAACUGCAACAACUUUUGGGACGACCCAGAAACCCAAGGCGAUUAUUAGCAAAGAGAUUACUUCGAGCCGCUGUACCCGCUCGACAGUAUAUAAUGCGUUUUUCGGCCGAGGGUACACAACUCGAAGUCACCAAAUGGUGGUAUGUUUAACAAGAGGACUGCUUCACCCCCAAUAGGGUUUGUUGUUAAAAAAAAACUUAGCAGCACGGCCCACCGUUAUUUGUGUUUGUAAAAUUUAGAAGUAAGGUUUUUUUUAUUUAAUGACUUAAUCUUGAAUUUUUUUUAGGUACAUCAUCUACGUUAAUUCGAUUAUAAUUGUUCUUCACAAUAUUUAUUUUUUCUAUAGACGUACUUUUGUCGUUGUUGUCAAGAGUUAGAGAAUUAAAAUAAUAUGUCAUAUAUGGAUAUAUAUGGAUUUUUUUAAAACCUUUAGAGGGAAUGAAUGAAUUUUUAUUAAUAAAUUUUAUUCAAUGUAUUGUUUUAUAAAUACGUAGUGUAUAUAAUAUUUUACCAAUUAUUGUAGGCUUUUAUAAUUUGAUUCAUUUUUAUGUUAAUAAUAAUGGAAUUAUUCAUGAAAUAGUGGAUACUAAUAGUAAUAUAAUAUUUUAUGCAACAUAUUUGUUGUUAUUUGAAAAUGUUUGCGCUUUUAUCUUAUAAUUCAAAUGGUCUAUCUAUCAGUUCAGCUAUCACUUUCUGGUCCCUAUCUGGUGUGUGUUGAUUGAUUUAAUUAAUGUGAUUACAAUUUUUUUUAUAUAUCUAUGAUAUGGUUUCAAACAUGGUUUCAUAAAAGAAGCGAUACAUUUUUUAGAUUUCAUCUAGAUAUAUAAGCUUGGGCUAGAUUGUGCGCUGCUAAGUAUUACUUUAUAUUAAAGGCAAGUGAACAAACAAUUAAAGGUGUGUUGAUUAUUUUUUGGUGAUAAUUGAUUAAUUUUGGUAAUUGAUUAAAAUUGAUUAAUUCAUGCUCAAUUUAGGUGCACCUAAAUUGAGCAUGAAUUUAAAGGAAAGCCGGUCCAUAAUCCCUUUCGUCAUGGCAGACUAAUAUUGCAUGGUUUUAAUUAUUUUCACCUCUGUGAACUGUGUUGUUUUAGUAUUAUAAUAUAAUUAAAAGGUGUGUAAUUAAUUUUAACUAUCAGAUUCGUGAGUGUUUUUCAUGUUAUUAAAUAUUAAAACACGGCUGAAAGUACUCGAGCAUACAUAGCACGAGACAAUAAUCACAUUAGAUUCAGCCAUGUUUUAUAUUUUAUAGUUUGUAGUUAAUUACUAAAUGUGCAAAUUAAAUAAAAAGUAAAAAAAAGUCCAGUGUUGAUUAUGAAAAUUAAUAUCUCUUCGAAGUAAUAUAUUACUUGGAAAUAAAACCUUUCCAACAAAUGAAUAUUGCUUUAGCGUCAAUUUGGUUGUAUACAAAUGGAGGGGUAGCAAAAAAAAUAGUGCCAUCUCUUUCCAACUCUAACCUAUUGAAAAGGAUAGCACUAUUAUAUGUAUUUGAAUACAGCUAAAUUAGCGGCAUUAUAUUAAGGCUUUCACAUUUUGCAAAGAUAUACUAUUUACUAAUUACUAAAAAUACGUUACUAAAAAUACGUUUUCUUAUAUUUUUGUAUAUAAUAUUAUAUAUAUUGCAUAUUGAAAUACUAUGUAUAGAUAGUAAGGGAGGUUUAAAAAAUUCUCUCUCAGGUGAGAUUUCAGCACGCCUAACGUGUAUAAGCGACUUAAAUAUGUCGACUACAAGCGAAAUAGCUCUCUUUCGUUGCGUACAUAAUGGUACGAAAGAGAGGGAGCGAUACUUGAGGUAUUUGUCACAAGACACGUCGUUAACGCGUGCUGGUGGAAAUUUUAAAAAAAUAACAUUUUUAAAGAGAUAGACGAUUGUACUUAUCAAUUGAAAACAGCAUUGCUGCUUGGCAGCAUAUAAGCAAGAUAGAAGUAGACCUCUUUCAUAAAGCCCUACUAUAAUAAUCUCUGAUUCAUUUCGAUCUCUUCAUUAAUAAAUAAGAUAGUCAUUAUUAAGUGUUAUAUGUUUAAUUAAGGUUAAAUAUUUAAUCGCAUAUUAAUUGGUGUGCAUUCAAUAAAUUGACGUUUUUCUUCUACGGUAGAAAUUAAAAGGAAAUAAUUUUCAGAGUUCUUGACUUGUAUGGAAAUUAACCAAUAAGAUACAUAGACUUCAAAUAAAAUUAAGAUGGACAUGGAUGGAGUAUUAUAGUAACUUGAAUAAGCUGUGUAAAUAUAUCUGAAAACAAAUACAAUAAAAUACUAAAACAUGCUGAAAACCAAAUACAAAUCUUUUACAUUUAUUCAAACUAUAUUCUUUGUGUACUAUCAAUCUAGUUGAGUCCUUUACCUAAUUGAUCAAGUAAACAAAAAACUUGUCCAUCUUCUUUCCUUUUAUGGUUUUAUGCACCAUUUAGUAAAGACAAAUGAUUGUAUUUUUUUUUAAUAACGGCUUAAAUUGUAUUUUUUUAUAAUAGCAGUAUGAAGAAAUUGAUUGUAUUUUUUAUUUUAAUUUAUGAUUGUCCUAUUUUAAUAAUGAAAUAAAUAUUGUCCAAAUGUUAUUAAAACCUAUCUUAUAAUAAUUUAAUUUUUUAACCAUCACAGUUAUACUUAUAAGUUUUAUCCAUUUUAAAAUGUACAUGCAAACAAAAAUGAAACGUGAUAGCCCAGUGGAUAUGACCUCUGUCUUCGAUUCGGAGGGCGUAGGUUCGAAUCCGGUCAGGGGCAUGCACCUCCAACUUUUCAGUUGUGUGCAUUUUUGGAAAUUAAAUAUCACGUGUCUCAAAUGGUGAACGAACGUCGUGAGGAAACCUGCAUACCUAAGGUAGACUAAGGCCUAACCCUCCUCUCAUUCUGAGGAGACUCGUGAUCAACAGUGAGCCGAAUAUGGGUUGUUAUUGAUGAUGAUGAUAUACCCUCAAUAUAUCUAUUCCACCUUAUGGUGUAAAUAACGACACUUCCAAAAAUUAAUUAGUUUAAUCGUCAACCCGUUAUUAACCCGUAAAUGGGUAUUUGUCAGUUGUAACGAUAAAGUACGACGUGUGUUGGUAAAUCCGGAUUUAUAUUUGUCUGACGUGACGUAUCGUGACGCGUCAGAACAGAAUCGGUAUCAUACAAUUUGUAUGAUAACAUUUACACUUGUGACAUGUCGUGAUGUGCCGCAUACAAAAUGUAAGUAUGAAACUGAUUCUGUUUUGAUGCGUCACGAGUAAACCAUAAAUUAUACAAUAUUUUAAAUGAAUUUUAAACAUUUUAUUUUUGCUAUUUGUCUGUAGCAUACAAGAAUCGAAAUAACUGGUCGAGUGUCAGCUGUGAUAUUAUUAAUCUGUUAUUUUAUUAAAAUAUGACGUUACAGCCACGUCACGUAACCAGUUGUUUUCGGGCGAAUAUCAAAUUAAUGAGUAAAAAAUUUGUAAAUAAUAAUAGAGCCUUUGUUUUAAAAUAUUUUUUCUAAGUCAAGUAGCCAAUUGUCAUAACAUCUCACUUCUCAAAGCUUGCUUAUUCAGAUUCAUACUAAAAUGAACGGUAUGUCCCAAACUAUACAGUGUUUUUUUUUUUUAAUAUUGAUGAAAUUACUGUGAAUUUAAAAAUAUUAAAUAAUGAUUGUAAUGUAAAAGUAGAUUCUAUGUCUAUAUAAACUAAAAAUAUUUCCAAAUGAAGUCGUAACAUUUAUUAUAUGUGUGUAGUUUAGAUAAUAUAGAGAUAUAUUCACUUUUAAAAUGAAAUUAUUCAUAAAAUAUUUUUUGUGGUAAAUACGCACGCUGUGCUAUGAAAUAUAACAGUGGGGUAUAAAUGUAAGAGAUUUUUUUUUUUAAUAAUGAAGAAUGGCAGUAUCCAUGACUAAGGUUGCUUUAGUAACAUCUAGUUAAUGUAAGAUAGUUACAGUAAACUUGGAUAUGUUUUACGAUAUCUUCACAAAAAUAUCUUUACUGUAAAGAGAAAAUAUAUAAUAUCACAAACAAUACUACUAUGGUACCUAGUUAGAAUUAUUUCAUAAAUGAGGAUAUAUUUUAAUUAUAUUUAUUUAGUAUUUCUUCCAUUACUUAACUAUGUUUUUCUAAUGUGCACUGCUUUAUGUUUCAAAACACAGCGCGGUCUAAAUGUCCUAGUUUUUCUAUACAACUAUUCACGUCCAUUUACUUUUUAAAAAUGUUUUUGUUUUCUGCGUUACUUAGAAAUGUUAUUGGAAGUGUAUGAUUCCGGCAUCGAAAAUCCUUGGAAUUUAAAAUUUUAAAAUUCCUUAGAAUAUAAAAUAAUUCUUAUUAUAAUUCAUCAGAAAUGUUAGUUACCAACAUUUCUGAAGAGUUUUAAUUAGAUAUUGAAUUAGAUGGUAACUUCAGCCAACUUUUGACGACCUCCAUGGCACGGUGGUAUGCGCGGUGGAUUUACAAGACUGAGGUCCUGGGUUCGAUCCCCAGCUGGACCGAUUGUGGUUUUCUUAAUUGGUCCAGGUCUGGCUGGUGGGAGGCUUCGGCCGUGGCUAGUUACCACCCUACCGGCAAAGACGUACCGCCAAGCGAUUUAGCGUUCCGGUAAGAUGUCGACGUCGUGUAGAAACCAGAGGGCUGUGGAUUUUCAUCCUCCUAACAAGUUAGCCCAAUUUUAUCUUAGAUUGCAUCAUCACUUACCAUCAGGUGAGAUUGUAGUCAAGGGCUAACUUGUAAACAGUAAAAAAAUGACUUCAGCCAAUUGUGGCUCAACUUUUCUUUAGAUUUGAUGGGUACUGUAGGUUACAAUAAUUACUAAUGUGUUUUAAAGUAAUAUAUAUGCGCCAAGCUUUCGUCAGCUCCUUUUGUCAGAAUCAUACACUAACCUGUAUAGAAUAUAAUAUAAUAUUGGUUGUUCGAUAAAUAACUAAUGUCUUUCAAUACAAUUAAUAACAAGUAUCAACGAUACAUUCAUCGACAUUCGACAAAAGGUCAUCCAAUAGAUCAUUCUGUUGGAUGACCUUUUGCAAUUUAUCAGGAAGUUUCUACGUUCAAAAGUCUUGCUCUUAAGCAAAAAAUUGGCCCAAGAAAUUUUCGAUCACUUUCAUCAGUAUUAAAGCUUUUUUUCAAUUUUUUUUUUUGUUUUGAAAUGAACUUUUACCAAGUUCAUCAUGGUGGAACAUUAAACACCUUGUGGUUUACCAGCCCUGUCGUUUUCUCCUGAUUUCUUCGUAUUUGUGUAGUCAUUGACGUAUGAGGCCUGUAAAUAGAUGUUUGGAUUUUAUAACAUAUUUGCUCGUAAAGUAUCUUUUAUUUCACCAAUUUCAAUAUCGUAAUACAUCUCAUUACGCGCAUGUGCCGUAAUGUAAAGAAAAAUGCACAUGUGCCGUAAUGUAAUAUAAAACCUUUAUCAUCUAUAAUAACGAACGGUACUUUUUAAAUCUUGGCAAAGAGUUUUUAUGUCAAAAAGUGCUCAACAUUUUAUAAAUAAAAUUAGCUUUGUGAGAUAUAAUAUAAUAAAAUAACAUUUAAUUCUUUAAUUUUAAUAAUUUUGACCAUAAAUGUUAUCUGUAUCAGAAACACAAAAAUUAUUAAUUUACUUUAUUAAUAAUACUGGCUGUUUUGAAGCAUUUGUCAAAAAAACGACAAGCGCUGGUGUGCGCAUUUCGUUAUCUGUGUAAAAAUGACAAGCGUAUCAAAAUGUCAUCUUAUGGAAAACAGGCAAGGAUGCAAAUUCAUUUUCAAAGUGUGUUCAAAGUGUGUUUCCUCGCAAAUGUGUUAUAAAACGUCGUAUGACAUGCGUGCGCUUUGAUAAUUACAGCCUCUGCUUCCUGACUAUAAGCUCGGCUCUAUCGCCUCUAUCUAAUAUCGCCUCGGUUGUAAUUUUCAACUUACCGCACUUAUAUGAUAAUGUACUAUUACGUAAUAUGUAAUAUAAACAAUUUUUCAUAGCAAACAGUAUGAGAAAUAUACAAGGUAACCACAUUUGAGAAAAAACGAUGUAAAUUAUAUUAUCGAACAGCCUAUUAAGUAUACGAGUAAGUGUUGAUUAUAUUUCUGUAAUGCCGUUUACUUUAAUAUUUCAUACUUAUAGGUGUUCUUUUGUUAAAUAAUUUUUUCUUAUGAAAUGAAAGUUAAUCUUACCUCUUAAUGGAUUUUUGUUUGUAUUAAUGUUCUUAGUCUAAUAAAUUAUAUUAAAAUA